GGCCAACAUCCGGGUUCUUCCUCGCGUUGUCAAGGUAGCCAGUUGACGGCUGGCUAGUGGCGGAAGCUAACCGCGGAGUCUGGUUACAGCUGUCCUUAAUUUUAACCGCCGAAAAAGCAAACAAAAAAAAGACCAAAAUUACUAAAUCACAAGAUAAACGAGCGUGCAUGCUUUCACUUCGCUUUCUCCUUUACACCGUUGGUCGCUCUCGAGCUCCACAAACGGGCGUGGACAAAACGACGAGGACAAGAUGUCCACUGUGAGACACGGUCCACACGGCGGAAGGGAUGAAGGAAUCGACGGGAGUAGAUGUUGCAGGCUAGCGGUAGCAUGGCAACGGUGAAGAACGAAGACAGCCCAACCUCAGCGUUGGGUGACGCAAACCCGGAGAUUUCCACUUCGUCCGGUCCCUUGGCGAGAACCACGAGGACUGUCGGGACGAUGACCAACGGAGGCCAGGUGAGUGCCCUCGAGUCGGAAGAUCUCGUGGCCCGCCGGCGGGAACGCUGGAGACUGAAAAAACGAGAGCAGCGUGCCAGGUUGGCGGCGAGACUAGCCAAAACCCGAGAGAAAGUCACACCGUUGAUCACCGCUCCUGCUCAUUUUCUCAUUUGUGACGCCAACCAACAAGGUGGCCGGAUGCAGACUGUGCACAAAACUACAAAAAUGGUCAGAAGGCCUCUGAAUUACGCACCUCUGUCCAACGGACCUAAGUGCAGGACACCUCGGCAGAGAUUUCUUGAAGCUCAAAGACAUUUGAAAGUCAAAUCCGUGUCCUCAAAGUUGAAUAUCAUAAGCGUGGACAGCAGGGACACACUGGAACAGAUCGUGGCCAAACAAAGGGAAUAUUGGCGGCUUAAAAAGCGGGAACAGCGAGCCAAGCUGUCGAUGGAGGCCAAGGCCCGACUCCAGGAGAAGGAUUCCCUGAUGCGACGAGGGCGACGCUACCGGAAAAUCCUAGAGGAGAUUAGGCGACUCAGAGCGUUGGAGGGUGGCGCAGAGACCAUCGGGGGCUUCAUCAAAGAGGACGGAACGCUGUCUGCGAAUGUUCCGCAGACGCGGUCCUUAAAUGUGAUCAAAACGCCCACCUCUAACGUAAAAACACCCGUUCAAUCUUUUAGUCACCUCACAGUCACCAGUACUCAGAGGCCACGCAAGUCCGGCUUUCCUGAAGCAGCCAACCGGGUCGGGCGGACUGGCUGCGUCACGAAAAUGGUUAUUUCAGAUAAAACUUUGACCAAGGAAGACUGCCUGGCGAAAAAGCGCGAGUACUGGAGAGUGAUGAAGCGGCAACAGCGGGCGGCGCGUGCAGCCCGGAUGAGGCAAGGGGUCACCAAAGCCAAACCUGGCUUGAACAGUGCCCCUCUCUUGAACGAGUGCAAGCAGACUAACGGUAUCAAAGAGGAGCAAGAGCAGGAUCCUUACCCUGAACGAGCCGUUUGUUCCGACCAGAAAGUGCCGCCUCUGGUGUCGAUGUCCAAGUGCGAGCUGACUAACGGUAUCAAAGAGGAGCAAGACCUAGAUCCCUACCCUGAAGGAGCCGUUUGUCCUGACCCGAAAGCUGCACCUCUGGUCCCUAUGUCCGAGCACGAGCUGACUAACGGUAUCAAAGAGGAGCAAGACCUGGAUCCCCACCCGAAAGCGCCACCUGUGGUGCCUGAACCCAAGCGCAAGCCGACUAACAGUAUCAAACAGGAGCAAGACCAGGAUCCCUACCCUGAACGAGCAGUUUGCCCAGACCCGAUCGCACAACCUCUGGUGCCUAAGUCCGAGCCAACUAACGGUAUCAAAGAGGAGCAAGACCCAGAUCCCUACCCUGAAAUAGCUGUUUACCCUGACCCGAAAGCUCUGCCCCUGGUGCCUAAGUCCGAGCCCGACCCUCCUGCGGUGUUGGACUUCCAGGCGACUACUCUGUUGGCCGUCACGUCUAUGAAGAAGCUUCUGGAGGAAUCUCUAAGCACGGUUAGCCGGGAGUCUGACGUUGAUAUGAAGGUGAAAGAAGAGCCCGUCGUGACAGAGGUUGCCCCUGUCGCCCCAGCUCCGGACCUCGACGCGACUUCCUCGCGUCGUCCUAAUGUUGCGACCAGCCUGCAAAUGAAGCGGGAGUACUGGAAGCUGAUGAAGAGGCAGCAGAGGGCCCGGCAGAAAGAGAGGCGGGGCAAGGGUGGAGGUGUUCCACCCGGGAGCAGUCAGGCACCAGGUCUCGACAUGGACUCCACAAACGUAGGGAAGACUCUGGUGAAGCUCCUUCCUAAGCCUUCCUUGUCUUUAGAAACUGCUGUUUUGCCCCCAUCGCCUGAGACUCCCACUGUUCUCGGAAAUCCGGGUCUUAACAGAUGCACUGACUUGGACACGGCUCUCCCUACAUUGAAGCCCCCGGAAAACCCGCUUUCAAGCAUAAACCUGCACCCUAUUGAACCUCUGGUUAGAACCGUGCAUUCGGUUCCCUCAGAACUGUACUGGCCGUCCCCUCCGCGCCCUCCCAAGCGCCGCCCUGGGGAGUCCGAGGAGGACUUUCUGAAGCGGAAGCGGGAGUACUGGAGGAUCAAAAAGAAGGAGCAGAGAGCCAGGAAAGCUGGACGUGAGAAGGGGAGCGCCCCUAGCAUGAAUCCUACUCCGAUCCUGCACGUUCAGGACUUCUGUCAGCCUUUGAGUGACACCCUUGAACAUAUCAGCAAUUCAGUGGACACUGGAGUCGACUCCCACUACUUCGCACCGCUACAAGGCGAGGAAGGCACAGUGUCGGAAGCCACAUGGAGGAACUUCUACCUCAUGGACUACGACCCUCUUAACCAGCUGCUGGUGUGCAUGGCUUGUGGCGAGCAGCAGUACUCGCACAGCCCGGAAGCCGCUCUGGCGCACAUAGACGAGGCCCACCCGCACACCCGCGCCCUGGAGCCCGCCGAGCGUCGAUGCAUCCUUGAAGCCUGGGACGAGCAGGUGUCUCGUCGCGAACGCUUCUUCACCAGGCAGCUCCAGCAGGGCGGCGGUUAGGGACCGCGGAUUGACGUAGUCGCGUUACGAAUAACUCCCAAGUGCUUCUUUUUUGCAGAAACGUCCGGGAACUGAACCAUUUGGAAGGAGAAUAAUUUUAAGUUUUAUCAUCAUGAAAAAAUGUUUUUAAUUUACUGGUUAAGCAGGAAGAUCAUCAAUUGCCUUUUAUUCUGCAAUUAAAUCUUUUUGUACGGUUUUGGGAAACAAAAUGUCCAAGUAAUGAAGUCAUUUCAUGAAGUUCU